AAAAUCUUUAUGGUUAGGGGGAUUUUAUAGCAGAAAUUGUCAAGAAAAGUGCAAUCGAUUUCUAGAAGUGUGUCUUAUUUAUUUAAUUUUCUCGCGAGUAUUUUUACAAGUUUACCGAAUUUUCUGAUAUUCUUAGUACCUUCAUCAGUUCUAGAAGCAUCCGUGAUACUCUUAUCUGAUCAAACCCACUGAGAAAUAGCCAAAAAGACUCCGUUAAACAGAGAGAAACAAUGGAGUUCGUAAAGCCUGGAAAUCACGUUCUUUAUGUCUGGAUCUCGAAGGUUCAGUCAGGCCUGGAGAAGGCUGUAAGUGAGAUCCGUUCCCUGAAGGAUGUGGUCGUGAGUGUGGAGAAUUCUGAACGCUUGGAAGAUUCUACGUACACAAACUCCACCUUCGACAUUAUCAUUUCACAUUGCUCAAGCGAAAGCACCACCAGCGACAAGCUCAAAUUGUUCCUGAACCUCGUGAAGCCCCAGAAACCCGUAAUCUUCAUCUUCCUGAAGAGUGAUGAGUCCACGUUGGAGUCCUUUGAGUUCCAGCUGAAGACAUCUGGAUACGUGAAUGUGCGGAAAAAUGCCAGUCACGUUUUUGUGGCUGAAAAGCCCAAUUAUGAGGUUGGCUCAUCCAUGAAGCUCUCGUUUGCUGCUAAAAAGCCCACAGCUGCAGUCUGGAAGCUGGAUGACGACGAUGAAGAGGCUGAAGUGAUCAAUGAGGAUGAUCUGCUGGAUGAGAGUGACAAGAAGAAGCCCGAUGAGGCAUCUCUGAGGGUUUGUGGAACCACAGGAAAGCGAAAGGCCUGCAAAGACUGCAGCUGUGGACUUGCAGAGGAACUCAAUGGCCAGAAGAAAGCAACAGAUGCUCCUAAAUCUUCCUGUGGCAGUUGCUAUCUGGGCGAUGCCUUCCGCUGCGCCAGCUGUCCCUACCUCGGAAUGCCUGCUUUCAAGCCAGGCGAGAAGAUUCAACUGUCCAGUGAUCAGCUCAUGUCUACGUAAACACAACCUUCCAGGAGAACAUUCACUCGGAUUUUAUGUAUUGUGUAUUCCAAUGAAGAGGAAAACAAGGAAAUAAUAAAUGUGUUAUCACCUAA